GCUGGUGCCCUCUGUGCCUUUCUCUCUCCCCUGUCUGUCUGUCUGUUUCUCUUCUUUCUCUCUCUUCGGCUUCUUCUCUAAAUAUUUGGGGGAACAGAGGUGUUGCUAUCUGGUGAAAGAGCGAAAAACCACCAAACGGCUAUAAUUGACGUUAGAGGUCUUCCUCUCUCUUCCCCCAUCCCCACAACCCAACUCCACACCCCCAGAGAGAUUGAGAAGUUGCUGAGAGGAAGAAAGACACAGAGGUAGAAGGAACCGCACACAGAGACACACCCAGAGAGAGAGAGUGAGAGCGGUGAGGUUUCAGAUUCUUUGCUGCUUUGUCCUGCCCGAUUCAUUGGUCGAGAUUCGUGGCGACCAGGGUGGUCGGUUUCGGUUCUGGAUUUUGAGGAUCGACGGUGGCGGAGGGCAGUGAAGCAGAGGAUUGAAGCAGCAUUUGUUUGUUUCAAUCCAGUCUCGGUGGACCUCCAUGAUGUCUGAAGGGUACAAGAAGACUGAUGACAUCUGCGACGACGUCUGCGGCCAGGCUCGAUCAGCAUUCAGCAUGUCAAGAGUGAAAUGUUUCUUCCGGGGCUUCGAUCUGAAGGCUAUUAUACUCCUCUUUGUCGUCCUCCCAGUCUGCAUCUUCUCCAUGUACCUGCACGGGCAGAAGAUCUCCUACUUCCUCAGACCGCUGUGGGAAUCUCCCCCGAAGCCCUUUCAUGAAAUCCCCCAUUAUUACGACGAGAAUGUCUCGAUGGAGAAUCUUUGCAAGCUUCACAGCUGGAAAAUCCGAGAAUCUCCGAGGCGGGUCUACGAUGCAAUCCUCUUCAGCAAUGAGAUUGAUAUUUUGACGAUCCGAUGGAACGAGCUGUACCCUUAUGUGACCCAAUUUGUGCUUCUAGAGUCAAACUCUACCUUUACAGGGAUACCCAAGAAGCUGCAUUUUGCAAAAAACCGGGACAAGUUCAAGUUCAUUGAGCCUCGGUUAACUUAUGGGAUGAUUGGGGGAAGAUUCAAGAAGGGGGAGAAUCCCUUCAUUGAGGAAGCAUAUCAGAGAGUUGCCCUAGACCAGCUCCUUAAAAUAGCGGGGAUCGAGGAUGAUGACCUGUUGAUAAUGUCCGAUGUUGAUGAGAUCCCAAGUGCCCACACCAUUAAUCUUUUAAGAUGGUGUGAUGAUAUCCCUCCUAUUCUUCAUCUCCAGCUGAGGAAUUAUUUGUAUUCCUUUGAAUUUUACACUGACAACAAGAGUUGGAGAGCUUCGGUGCACCGAUAUGAAACAGGGAAGACUCGAUAUGCUCAUUAUCGGCAGAGUGAUUACUUACUGUCCGAUGCGGGGUGGCACUGUAGCUUCUGCUUCCGCCUUAUCAACGAGUUCAUAUUCAAGAUGAAGGCUUACAGUCACUAUGACAGGGUGAGAUUUUCUCAUUACUUGGACCCAAAGAGAAUUCAGGACGUGAUCUGUAAGGGUGCCGAUCUCUUCGAUAUGCUUCCCGAGGAAUACACAUUCAAGGACAUAAUCGGGAAGAUGGGUCCAAUCCCCCAUUCCCAUUCAGCUGUUCACCUCCCGGCAUACAUCCUGAACAAUGCCGACAAGUACAAGUUCUUGCUGCCUGGGAACUGCAUAAGAUCAGAAGAAGAAAGUGGCUGACGCGGAUUUUGGAAAGGGUCAUCGUUCUUAGACAGUUGUCGAGUAUGCCUAUGUCUCAGGGCACAAGGUCUCCACAGUCAGAGGAGGUUGCAGAUUUUGGUACAAGAUCAUCUUGUAUCGGUCUAGAAGAAGGAGACUUAGGCAAAGAACUUUGCGAGUUCUCGGCAUUUUUUGAGGAGAGACUCUUUGUACAUUCCUUCUAUUUGGAACCGAUGGGGCUGAGUUUUUUCUGAGGGGAAAAGAGGUUUUGUGUUAGGCUCCGUAUCGCAGAGUUCCCUCAUUGCUUAGGAGUUGGCAGCAGCGUUUUCCAUCCUCUUCUCGGGCGGGAAUUCUUUUUGCAUCGACAGUCGUUAAAUUAUUCGCAUGUAGUUCAGUCAUAUGUACCUUCUGAUUGCUUCUUCAUUGAUCAUAGAGCUGAUUAAUUCUUUUACAUGGCAAUCCUUUACGCUC